UAAUAGAAAGAAUGUCGAACAACGGAUCAGAAUUGACCGAGCCAACGAUCACCUCCACCUCCACCACUCCCAAUUCAUCAAAUAAUUCGUCUCCUCCUCCCUCCUCCUCGCCAACAACUCCUACCCCUUUGGCAACCAGUCUCGAGUCGUUAAGACUUGACACUUCGUCACACCCGUCGUUCACGUCUCAACCUAAUAACGAAAGUGAUGAGGAUGAAACCGACGAGCUAUUGCCCUCUCCGAGGUCACGACAGAAACAGCAACAUCAGAUGAGAGACCAAGAAAGAUACAACUCUGCUGAUCAUUACCAGUCGCCGCCAAUAGCGAUGACCUCCUCCUCGCCCCUCCUGCAAACCCUCGAUAAUGCUCGUUCGGCUGCCAGCAUCUCAAACUUGAUCAAUCACGACGAGGAACAUCCCCACAACUCCUCCUCACCAACCGCCACAAAUUCUCCGACAUCACAGGUUAGCAGCAGAUCAAUCUCACCCGCUCCGGAGACACCGAGGAACAAUGUGAAUAACACCGGUGUCGUAAACGAACCGAGAUUCAUCAACAUCGAAUUCCACAAUACCAAUAAUGCCGAUUUUGCAGCCGCAGCAUCGAACUCCAAGAAGAGGAGGAAGGGUGGCCACGAUCAAGACGAUGACGGAGGCAGCAAGAGCAGCCGCCGUGAAUCUGAUCCUUCAAAGAGGCAAAGACGCGGUGCUCCCAAGAACUCCCUUGCUACAUCGAAUGCGGCCAACAACACCGGUUCCGGAAUGAUGGUGAUUGACGAGAAUGAUGAACCCACCACCCCCAACGGUGGCUCCAUGCCUUCGUCACCGGUGCCAUCGUCGGGAUUCGAUGAAAUGAUGUUGGAUGAUCAAGGUUCCGACGACUUUUCUGGCGCCAAUUCACCGACGAGCGCAAGCGGGGGGGUCACAUUUGCCACGAAACAGAAUCGCAAGAAGCCGUAUAUCCCACGACCACCGAACUCCUUCAUAUUAUACCGGCAACACCACCACCCGCUAAUCCUCAAUCAGCACCCUGGUAUCAAUAACUCGGAAAUUUCUCGUAUAAUCGCCGAUCAUUGGAGAAAGUUAUCCGAUCAGGAAAGAGACGAGUGGAAACGUAAAGCCGAAGAGGCAAAAGAGAAACACAUGAAGGCUUGGCCGGAUUAUAAGUACCAGCCGAGGAGGAGAGUUGUCGGUCCGACGUUCAAGAAACCGUUGAAAGGUCCCGGCGCGCCCACCACCUCGAAUGGCAGUGGUUCCACGGUUAAAUCGGACAAUGUCGGGGAUUUUGAAUUGUCCACGGGUUCCGCGUCGCGUCGUCACAUGGGUCGUGAUAAUCAUGUGAGUAGCUUUGUGCUGGAAAUGCCGAGGAAAGCGAGUGCGGACAGGGAAGCUCCGUCGCGCAACGAUUUGAAUUCGUCGCAGCGUGACAUGACCGAUGGAAAAUUCCUCAUCGCCGAACGCAGUUCGAAAGAAUUGAACACUU